AUGUUGACCACUCAGCGCACCUGCUUUGUGAUUUUCACAAUCUUUGUUUUUAUCGCAGCGUUUACUUCCUACAUGGCCGGCUAUCAUGAGACGUUACUGGUUGAAACACCAUACAGAAAAAGACUAGCUCAGGUUUUUCAAUCUAUAACACAUGAUCCCACUGCACCCAGCUACGUGGAUCCAGCCGGUAAACACUACGAAGGAGGGCAGAACCCGAUAUGGAAAAAGCGCUUGGGCAAGAAGAUCUUGAUUGUCGACAUAGAUACACGUGCCCCAACUGGCAAGAAUGACAUCUUCAACCCCGAGAGGAUGAACUGGGAAACUCUCAAAAAAGAAGGCACCGGUUUGGUGUCCAUGGGAAUCUUGAACUAUUACUUGUACGCCGCCAUCCAUGGGUACGACUACAAGUUUUACCAUGCGCGUGAUUUGAAAGGCCAAUACGCCACGUGGAUCAGACCCCAUGUAUUCCGCGAGCUGUUACCCAAAUACCAAUUCGUCGUCCACAUGGAUGCCGGUGCUAUGAUGUUCAAUCGUUGGGGUAUCCAGAAGGAGACAUCUAUGGCUCUCCCAUGGGAUACUGAGGAGAUUUGCAACGGCUCAUCCAUCAGCAGAGAUAGUAAGGGAUUGCGCGUCCUGAAUGGCGAUUUCAUCGUUGCGCAAAACUCUACCACCACACUGGAAAUGCUCGAGGCAUGGCGUGAUUGCACAACUGAGACACGCUAUAAGGGUUGCGCAAAUUGGAAAACAAAGUGGAGCCACGAACAGCGCGCAUUCUCCGAAUACGUUCGCUAUGACUUCAACAAGACACCAGAGACAAUCGUUGGCAUACCGUGUGAUGAUGCAAUGGGCUUUCCUGGUUUCCGUGAGUACAGGUUGAAUCACUCAACCUGGGACGAAGAUAUCUCUGAUUGCAACGGCAACAUGAUCCGGCAUUACACAAAUGGAAAGACCCAUGCUAGGGAAGCUGGCGGGGCCAGUGCAAUGCAAAUCUUGAGCGCAGUGUUGCAGCAGCAGCUCUUGGGGCACAAGCGCGUGCUCUGGUAUAGCGAACCCUGGCUCAACCCUCCGCCGCCAAAGAUUUUGCAGCCAGCUGUAGAAGAGGACGAGGAGGAGCCUCCAAAAUUGAGCAGCCUCCUCGUGGAAGAAUGAUGGACUGUG